AGUGCCUUGGAGGACCAGCGACAGUGUGGACUUUUGGAAGACCAUCUUGGAGGAGCCUGAAUGGAACGCCUCGUUGUGGCUUGGGGCACAGGCGUUUGCAAACGGACAGCGGGGACGGGGGCGGAUGCGGAGUCGGCGGAGAGAGCGGCUGCUGUGCCAGAGCUGAGGAAGAGUGAUCGCCCGCCCCUUUCUCUUUUCCGCCGCGGUAUCUGCAGGGACGGUGCUUUGCAUUCGCUUUGAAGAGACAAGAACCCCCGACCCCUCUCCUUCCCCUCUCAGCCCGAGGGAAGGGGACCGGGCGGCGACCCCAACCUGUGACUAUAUAUCAGGCGGAGAGGAAGCCGGGCCGUGCCGAGCCGGCCGGGUAGGGGCAGAGAGCGACACAAUAAAUCUGCCGAGAAGCGGGAGUGCAUAGCGAGUGAGGAUGUAAAGGAAAAGGCUCCGAAAGACCGGGAUUCGGGACGGACGCUCUUGGAAAGACCGGGGAUGGGGCAGCAGCAGGCCCGUGUUGGCGGAGCUGCUGGUUUUGGUGCGGUUGGGGAGGCAGUCCAGCCCGGCAGGGGUAGGCUUGGCACAACGAGGCCCGGACAUGGGGCCAAGAGGCGAGACACAGCAGCCAGGAGUAACGAAGCCGCCUGUAACAUUUUCAGUCACCAUGAAGUUUUGCACCGUCCAUUUGGUUCUGACAUUGAUUCACAGACACUGAAUGAAGCAGUGAGGUGGAGCUCAAAGGAAAACCUCUUGGGAGCCACUGAGAGUGAUCCUAAUCUAUUUGUUGCACUUUAUGACUUUGUUGCAAGUGGUGACAACACACUAAGCAUUACAAAAGGUGAAAAGCUGCGUGUGCUAUGCUAUAAUCAGAAUGGUGAAUGGUGUGAGGUGCGUUCGAAGAACGGGCAGGGAUGGGUCCCCAGCAAUUAUAUCACACCAGUAAAUAGUCUGGAAAAGCACUCCUGGUACCAUGGCCCUGUCUCACGUAGUGCAGCAGAGUACCUACUUAGCAGUCUUAUCAACGGCAGCUUUCUUGUUCGGGAAAGUGAGAGCAGUCCAGGACAACUUUCGAUAUCCCUCCGCUAUGAAGGUCGGGUUUACCACUACAGAAUCAAUACAACACAUGAUGCCAAGGUAUACGUGACAGCAGAGAGCCGGUUUAACACUUUGGCAGAGCUAGUUCAUCACCAUUCCACAGUGGCUGACGGACUGGUCACAACCCUGCACUACCCUGCUCCAAAAUGCAACAAACCCACUGUUUACGGAGUUUCUCCCAUACAUGACAAGUGGGAGAUGGAACGCACUGACAUCACAAUGAAGCACAAACUGGGUGGAGGGCAGUAUGGGGAGGUGUACGUUGGAGUCUGGAAGAAAUAUAGUCUUACUGUUGCUGUAAAAACACUGAAGGAGGACACAAUGGAGGUAGAAGAAUUCCUGAAGGAAGCUGCUGUAAUGAAAGAAAUUAAACAUCCAAACUUGGUUCAACUACUAGGUGUUUGUACUUUGGAGCCACCGUUUUACAUUGUCACUGAGUACAUGCCCCAUGGAAAUUUGCUGGAUUACCUGCGUGAAUGCCACAAGGAAGAGGUGAAUGCUGUUGUGCUGUUGUACAUGGCCACGCAAAUCUCUUCUGCUAUGGAAUACCUCGAGAAAAAGAAUUUCAUUCACAGAGAUCUGGCUGCUCGUAACUGCUUGGUUGGUGAGAAUCACAUGGUGAAAGUUGCAGACUUUGGUUUAAGUAGGUUAAUGACCGGUGAUACCUACACUGCCCAUGCUGGAGCUAAAUUCCCAAUUAAAUGGACUGCACCUGAAAGCCUUGCCUACAAUACCUUCUCAAUAAAAUCUGAUGUGUGGGCAUUUGGAGUGCUUCUGUGGGAAAUUGCCACAUAUGGGAUGUCUCCAUACCCAGGAAUUGAUCUGUCUCAGGUCUAUGAUUUACUUGAGAAAGGAUACAGAAUGGAGCAACCUGAGGGCUGUCCACCCAAAGUCUAUGAACUGAUGAGAUCAUGUUGGCAGUGGAAUCCUAUGGAGCGUCCAUCGUUUGCUGAAAUCCAUCAGGCUUUUGAGACCAUGUUCCAUGACUCCAGUAUUUCAGAAGAAGUUGCAGAAGAGCUUGGAAAAACUGCUGCUUCAACUGUGAUCACCCACCAGCUUCAGUUACCCCUGCUCCCAACAAAAACUCGAACACUAAAGAAAAAUGCUGAAAAUAAAGAAAACAUGGAUAUGGACCAUCCUGCAAUAGCUCAUACCACAGUGCCAGGAAUGGGAACAAGUGCAGCCCUGUGUAGCAUCUCCCCUGCAUUGCCUCGUAAGCAAAGAGAUAAAUCUCCCAGUGGUCUCCUGGACGAUAGCAAAGAGACCUUGUUUACUAGAGAUAGAAAAGCUGGCUUCUUCAGUUCUUUUAUGAAGAAGAAAACUGUCCCUAUGCCUCCUAAACGCAGCAGCUCCUUCCGAGAGAUGGAGAACCACCCACACAAGAAAUAUGAGAUAACGGGUAACUUUUCUUCUUUCUCAUCUUUUCAGCAGUCAGAUGGUCUUACAUUUGUCCAGUCACAUGCUGACGGGACACACGCACAAGCUAGGUGCUGUGGACGGGGUUCUGUUCAAAGAAAUGGUGGUGUAACUAGUGGAGGGUGGGCAGGAUUUGCUGGAUUUUUCACUCCACGCUUAAUAAAAAAGACACUUGGCUUAAAAGCUGGGAAGCCUUCGAGUAAUGAUGAUUCAAGCUUGGAAGCCUCCAAACCUUUCCCUCGGUCAAAUUCUACUUCUUCCAUGUCUUCAGGGCUUCAGGAGCUGGAUCGACUAGCCUUGACUCUUCCUAGAAAUUGUCACCGCAACAGAAUUCAACUAGAACAUCCGAUUCCUGCCAUCUGUAAAGAGGAGGAACAUGGAAGACUCACAGACCCGUUACAUCGAAAAGCAGAAGAUGGAAUUUCCUCAUUGAGAGACAAAUCAAAAGCGAAACUCGUAGCACGGAGUGCUGCAACACCAUCUCUCAGGGCAAAUACAGGCAAUGGAGACAGUGAUCUUUCACAGAACCUGAAUUCAGUGCAAGUUGGGCGGGGAGAAUCCAAUAGUAGUCAUUCCAGAUCUGUAGGCAUGAAAGAGGAUGUGGAGAAGGGAAGUUGGUCCUCUCCAGUUAAGACUGUUGCAACUCUUCCAGCAACUCAUAAUCACAAAGUACCUGUACUGAUAUCUCCAACUUUGAAACAUGCUCCUGCAGAAGUUCAGUUGAUUGGAACAGAUUCUCUGGGAAACAAAUUCAAACUGCUGUCAGAGCACCAAGUUGCUGCAGAAAGGGAGCGGCCCAGGCUUGUCAAACCAAAAUGCGCACCACCCCCACCCCCUCCACCUCCUCUCAAACUAUUGCAGCCUCCUCCCAGCACAGGUCUUAAUAGCACAGAAACAGCAGAGGACGGUGAGAGCACAUCAGCACAACUGGAGCUGGAGAUUAAUGGUGAAAGUGGUGAAAGUGGAAAAAGGCCCGCGACGGCUGCAUUAGGAAAGAUCUCCAGACCAACUUUGCCACCCCCUCAAGUGCCUCCAGCUUCAUCCAUUCCUGUGGUAGCUUCCUCCAAACUUGCAAAUGGAGCUUCUGUAACUACGAGUGCUAGAAUUUCCUUGCGAAAAACCAAGCUGCCGCCAGAGAAGGUGCCAACAGAAAAAAUCAGCAAGGAGGCAUUAUUAGAAUGUGCCGAGCUUCUAUCUGGCAUCAUCGACAGUGACUCAGAGUCCACCUCCAACAGCCAGUUGGUUGAAGCAGGAUACCGGCUGCUUGAUCAUUGUACUGGUUAUGUGGACUGCAUUAUGCAAAUGAGGAACAAGUUUGCUUUCCGUGAAGCUGUAAACAAAUUAGAACAGAGCCUCCAUGAGCUCCAGGUAUCCUGCACAGCUUCUACUGGACUUACAGCAAACCCUGUGCUCAGUAACUUACUGACAUGUGUUAAAGACUUAAGUGACAUUGUGCAGAGGUAGCCAAGAAGGCCAUACUGUGUGGUGUGAGGUUUAUUGACUCAAGAUUAUUAUCUGAAGUACCUCAGCAAAUGUUCAGCUUUUCAAAUGUUUACAGAUUCAUCUCUUUCAAUCAGUGAAGUCCUGAUUAGAGCUAUCUGUGCGUAAUGAGGGUGUGGAGAGCACUGUCUCCAGUUUUUACUGGGUGGAAUGCUACUCCUUUAUUAAACUUGGUGGAAAAGGUCCAAAACCAGCUAUUUUGAAUCAGGGCCAAGCAGUAUUGGAAUUCCAUGGGAACACUACUUCAAAAAGUCCCUCAGAACUGUCUUGGGGUUAAAGAUAUGCCUAUGUAAUAUUGCUUCUCAGAGUGGACCUCGUGUUUCUAUUUUUGAUGAAUGGAAAAACAAGUUAUGUGGCAGAAUCUGCUGUGACUUCAGAAUGACAAUGUGAAUUGUUUUACCUUGGGAUUGCUAAGUGAAUCUACUGUGUUUGCUGUGAGUGUAGAAAAUGACGUCCCUAAAUCAUGCACACAGCCAAGUCAGAGCUCUACCACAGUCAAUAUUUAUGACAGCAAACCCCUCCUCCCUGCUUAAGUACUCACCCUGUGGUGCUGGAGCAUCGUGAAGGUCCCACAGGAAUAUUGCAUCUGUUUUUUUCUCUGUUCACAGCAAUAGAUUAUACCAAGAAAACUGCACAUGUUUUUGAAUCACUUCUUUUAAUCACAACUCCUGUGCAGAUAACACCAUUUCUCUGCUAAAAGAAAUUUAGGCACUGACAAAUACUGGUGUUUUGCACCAUUUCUGUUUGCCAUUUUCCCAUUUUUAUAUGACUGUUAAAGAAAAGCUUCUUAAUACAGGUUCCUCUCUACAAAUUAAUCCAUUAGGUCUGUGAAAAACUAGUUGUCAAAUUAAUGACACGUAAAGAUCAUUUGUACACUAUCCCUGAAAAGCUGUCCUUAUAACUUUCUGGCAUGCAGAUAUUUUACCAUCAACUUUAUCAGUUUUUAAUUUUUUUUAACACAAGCCCAUGAGAGGCCAGUGUACAUUCUCUUAAAACUGUAUUUCUCUACCCCGUCAUAGUACUGAUCCUGAAUGUGUAUGUGGUACUUUUUAAAGUGUUCCAAUUAAUUUAAUUGCAUCAGAGAAUUAUUCAAAUGUUCACUGCCUGUUACACUCCAUCCCACAUGCUCAUUGCUGCCUCUCAAAAUUAGUCACCAAGCAUGUGCAUGUAGGCAAGAUAAUUUCAGAUAAGGCCAUAUAUUUAAUAAAGGCAAACAGUUUUUUUGUAAUGUUGAUGUUUACACUGUGCCUGGAACAAGGAGAUAGCAUUUAGUAUGGAACCAAGGGUUAGAUUUAUUCGUGUUGGAAUUUGGAGUUGUGACUGCACUAGUUAAUACCAAGGCAGCACUUCAUAAUAUGUGGUGUCCAGUUGUUUUUAGAGAAAGCAAGUGUGUUUGUAUCAUAGAGUACUGAUCUUUAGGAACUUGACACCGGUCCCUCAAGUCACACUCCCUUGCUGUGUGCUACUGUUUGUGCUAAGACUAGGAAAAUACUGAUUUCUGAAAACACUAGAAUAACCUUGCUGUGUCCAGUGAAAUGCAGAAUUUUUAUUUUUGAGUGCUGUGACUUUCUGAUCAUGUUUGCAGUAUUGCCUGUGGACUGUCAAUUCAGACUGCUGCUGAUUAAUUUGCAGAAAUACUCUGUGUGCAUUUAUACCAAAGGCCACUUGGUUCAGUCAUUUCUUUGUGCAAUUUAGGCUGGGUUAAACUCAUUUUUAGUUUCACGGGCAGAUCUGCAAUCAGUUGUAUAGGAUAAUACAUCCUGAUUUUGUUAAUUGCUUUCACAUAACAAAUCUCCUUGGAUGAUAAAGCAGUCUCUUCCUUUACAUGUGCUUCAAAGUCCUUGCAAAAAGAAAAUGAUGUUAGCAUCAUGAAAAUAGUUAGAAUUCUCACAACUAGUAAAAUCAUUAAAAUUAUCCUUGAAAAUUUCUGGAACACUUAUUAUAAAGGUGAAAACCAAAACUAUCAAGAAAUUGAAUCCCAGAAGAAUUGUUGUCUGUAGGCACAUUGUGUUUUCAUAGUUAUCUUCACAAUGAUGUAUAAAACAAACCUGUACCUCCUUUAAAACUUUGAAUGCAUUAAUCCUAAUAGCCUCUCCACAAAAUACAACAUAGACCAUCUCAUAAAUUUGUAUUUGUCAGUAUGUUAAAGUGGGCAUCAGUAUCCAUGCAGAGCAGAGUUACUUUACUGGGCCAAAAAUUUCAUUUCUUUUGGAAAUGUUGAUUUCCAUAAAACAGCACAAACUGACAUGGCAGAGAUCAAUCAAAAGCAAAAUUAAAGUCAAAAACAAAAUCAGAUUUAAAAUUAAGGAGGUCUGAUUCACUAAGGUUUUGAAUGGUCAUGAAUGUUGAUGUGUUGCAGCAGGAAGUUUUCUUUUUCAAACAACGACAUUUCCUAGGUGUAGCAGAGCAGUUCCAAACCUGGUAUAUCCAAGAGUUCGGUGAUUCACUGCAACGCACACAUCACCUUAUCUGUCCUCAUGUUUAGGGAAACAGUUUAUCCUUAAUUGCAGGUUAAUGUGUGAGGGGAACUCUGAAGCCUGUCUACUCCCAGUCUGACUAAAUUACCCUUUUUUUGUGUGAGGUGUUCAGUGAUAGUGCGGUACGAUUGGGACAGACUAAUUUGGUAUCUACAAACAUAUGUCAGGUCUUGCUGGAAAAUGGAAAUGAAUUUAUCUCAGCCUUUUAAACACUCUUAAGAUGUGUAAAUAUGUGAAUUAACUAGGGUGAGGGAUGGCAGAACUACCAGAAUGAAUGCUAAAUGACACGAACAGUAUUUUGUUCUUUUUGUACUAUAAAUAUGUUUGAGUUUGUAAUUAAAUUAUCACAGAAUUACAAAAUAA